AGCACUGCAAUUUGAUAAAAACAAAACCUUCAUCGGUGCAUUUUUGUGAGUUUGAUUAAAUAUUACAUAUUUCAAAUAGUAUUUUCGUUUUGAACAUGUUAUAGUUUAAAAAAUAUAGUAUAACUUCACACAAAAAUGUAUGUUCAAGGCGUUGAAGCUAUAAAACAAUAUAUGCCUAAAGAUAACUCUCAAAUUUCUACAAAUAUUAAGGAAGAGCGAGGCCAAGAAUUAAGUACAACCGACACAAUGUCAUCGGCAGAACGGUAUAGGGAAGAAUGGGAUAAGCUUCUAAAAAUUUUGGAUGAAGACCCCGAGUAUAUACGGGAGCAAGCGUUAGAAGGUGAUUUAAAAGUUUCAAAGUUCCGAAGCAUUUAUUGGUCAUUAUUGCUACGUGUUUUAAACCCUAAUUACCGUAGUUGGAAAGAACAAAGAGAGAUGCAACGAAAGCGGUACGAAAAGCUGAAGGACGAAUUUAUAAAGGACCCUCAUGAUAAUAUGGUACCUGAUGAUAAUCCACUGUCACAAUCGGAGGAGAGCGUGUGGAACCAAUAUUUUAGCGACAGAGAACUCUUUGCUGUUAUAAGUCAAGAUGUCAUUCGAACUUUCCCGGGUGUGGACUUCUUUCGUAAACCGUUAAUACAAAAUGCUAUGUGUAACAUUCUUUUCUAUUACGCAAGAGAACAUCCUUAUAUGUGUUAUCGCCAAGGUAUGCAUGAAAUCCUUGCACCUCUAUUGUUUGUUUUCUAUGGCGACCAACAGUCACUGCUUCAUUUUUCGGAGAUUGCUCAAAAUCAAACAAGUGAACUUCUUUUAAACGUGCUGGACCCAAAUUACUUGGAAGCUGAUACUUACUCUUUAUUUUCCCGUUUGAUGUCAUCCAUUGAGUCUUACUAUCGGAUAAAAAAUUUCGCACAACCACACGAGCGCUUCCAUGCGGAAAGUGAGACAAAUCAUAGCAUGGGAACCGGUGUAGAAAUCAUAAGUCAACUUAUAUCAAUUCGUGAAAAGAUUCUUGCCAAAGAGGAUUUGCACUUGCACAAUUAUCUUUUGAAACUCGAUAUACCGUUACAUAUAUUUGGAAUUCGUUGGCUUCGUUUACUCUUCGGUCGAGAAUUCGCACUUCUCGAUUUGUUGGUAAUUUGGGAUGCGAUAUUCGCAGAUAGCGACCAUUUCGAUUUACCAAACUACAUUCUAGUGGCAAUGCUGAUACGCAUUCGUGACAAAUUGCUGCUCAGCGACCAAACAAGUUGCCUUACAUACUUGAUGCGCUAUCCGACGAACGUCGAUGUGAACUUAAUUCUACGUCAUGCAUUGCACAUGCUUAUGCCGAAAAGAUUUGAACGUCCCAUCAAUGCGUUUGUCUAUUUUACGAAUAACAAGCAAAAGGGAGCAAUACAAAACUCACGUAKUACGAAUUUUAAUAAUACCGAGUCUUCCAAUAAAUCACCAAAAGCUAGUUCCACUUCAAAAGGUGAUAAUUUUUCAAAAAUGCAGCAGCACAUAGCAAAGCUGCAAACACAAAAUGCUGCAGACUCUGCUGCAUGGUUACGAAAAGACCUUGCUGAAGAAGAAGGCGCCAUCGCCGAAGGCCAUUCCAAAAAUAGUCAAGAACUAAUUAAUUUGGAAUUAAGGAAUGCUGAAACGAUAAUAUCCAUAGCACGAAACAAACUCCAAUUAUAUGUAGCCACUAUGAAAAAACAUAUCCAAGGAAAUAGCUCUAGAGAGCUAUUGCAGGCAUUAGAUGGCAUUGAGGAAUUAUGUGAUUUUCUAGAUGUUAAAUUUGUGUUUCCCAUUCAUGCGACUAGACCACCAAUCGAUGAAGCUCUUGAAGCUAAUGAGCAGGUAAAUUCGAAGAAAGGUCGCUGGAAAAAUUAUAAUAGCAGGGAGAGUACAGUUAUGCCUAGUGGUGCUGGUAUCAAUCAUGGCGGCAGCGGUGAAAUACGCAAGGAGGUUGAAAAACCAUGCAAAACUGUUACAGAUAAAGAAUUGCUUUCGGAAUUUUCAAGGAUUGCARUCAAUACUUAUGAACGUCCAGAAGAGAACAUUUCAUCCAAUCCGUCGCAUUUGCUAGGCAACAGCCGUGAAAUUGAACUGAUAACGAUUGAGCCUUCCGAGUGUGUUGUGGAGCCGGUCGUAGACAACCAACCGAGAAUUACAAGUAAAGAAGGAACCGAGGCGCCAAGUAGUAGCAAGAUUUCUGAAAGAUCUGAAUUAGGUCAAUGAUUGUAUAUGUAUGUACUUAGUACAAACAUCCUCCAUAUGCAUAAAUUCACAAAAUCGUUUUUUAUACUUUAA